UUUCGGUCUAAUAAAUCUUGAUUCCGUCAAUAUAGCUCAUCUCUGCUAAAAUAACCCCCUUUUCUGGGUCAAAAAUCUCAUCUUUAUCGAUUUGGAGGGAGCCCUUUUCACUCCUGAGGAGGGCUUCUUCUUCAUCCUCUUCUAUUGGUUUUCAAGAAAGAGGUGGGAGAGAAUGAAGAUGGCAUAUCUACCUAAGCGCUACACCAUUGUCAUCCUCACCUUCAUCUGCACCUGCGUCUGCUACAUCGAACGGGUCGGCUUCUCCAUCGCCUACACCGCGGCUGCUGAUGCUUCCGGGGUGACCCAGUCGAGCAAGGGCGUCAUCCUCUCGACGUUCUACUACGGCUACGCCUGCUCCCAAGUCCCGGGAGGCUGGGCCGCGCAGCGGAUCGGGGGCAGGCGCGUCCUCCUCCUCUCCUUCAUCCUCUGGUCCCUCACCUGCGCCUUCGUCCCGCUCGACCCGAACCGGGCCACGCUCAUGGUCCUCGCCCGCCUCCUCGUCGGCGUGGCCCAGGGCUUCAUCUUCCCUUCCAUCCACACGGUCCUGGCGCAGUGGGUCCCGCCGCACGAGAGGUCGAGGUCCGUCUCGCUCACGACCUCGGGCAUGUACUUCGGCGCGGCCCUGGGGACGCUCGUCCUCCCGACGAUCGUCAAGCUCCGGGGCCCGCAGUCCGUGUUCGUCAGCGAGGCUGCCCUGGGCGGGAUGUGGUCGCUGCUGUGGUUCGCGUACGCCGCGGACCCGCCGCGCUCCGAUCACCCGAAGGCGGCCGCUGCCGGCUUCGGCGGAGAGUCGUCGUCGUCGUCGCUCCCGACCAAGCUAGUCGACUCGAGCCGAGCCCCGAGGAUCCCGUGGAAGAAGAUCAUGCUCAGCUUGCCCAUCUGGGCUAUUGUGGUGAACAAUUUCACAUUCCACUAUGCUCUCUAUGUGCUCAUGAAUUGGCUCCCCACCUAUUUUGAACUAGGUCUACAGCAUAGCCUUCAAGAAAUGGGCUCAUCAAAGAUGCUGCCUUAUCUCAACAUGUUCCUCUUCUCAAACAUAGGUGGAGUGGCUGCUGAUAAGCUGAUCACCAGCAGGACUCUGUCGGUGACGGCGACGAGGAAGGUUCUGAACACGGUGGGGUUCGCAGUGGCCUCGGUCGCGCUGGUAGCGCUUCCCCUGUUCAGGACGCCCGACGGAGUCGUGUUCUGCUCGUCGGUCGCUCUAGGGUUCUUGGCGCUGGGGAGGGCCGGAUUUGCCGUGAAUCACAUGGAUGUGGCUCCGAGGUAUGCUGGGAUCGUGAUGGGGAUAUCGAACACGGCCGGGACGUUGGCCGGGAUUGUCGGGGUCGACCUGACCGGACGACUCCUCGAAGCGGCCAAGGCGGCCGACCUCGAUCUCACAGCACCGGAGAGCUGGAGAGCGGUUUUCGCUAUCCCUGGUUUACUCUGUGUGUUUAGUUCUCUCGUGUUUCUUUUACUAUCCACUGGAGAGAGGAUAUUCGACUGAGGCUCAUUCAUUACUAAUGCAGAAUUCUUUUUCAUUA